GUCAUAGCAACCACUGAACCACUGGAACACUGAACCACUCGCUUGGGAGAGUGAGCCGCGGCAGACGCCGCCGACACAUUCACCCAGUGGAGUAGACCGAGUAGACUACUUUGGGCCAACGCAACGGCGGAUGCAAAAAGGUUUGGGGCCCGGGCACAAUCACCACCUCGCCGCGCCUCGAGAAGAUGUGCACCGAAAGAAGGCAAAUCAGCCCGAGACCCAAGACCGAGGCACCCUUUACGUGGCAAUCUGGCGCAGAUCGGGGUGGUGAAGUGUUGGCAAGCAAGCUCAGUGAUUGAGAUUUUUGCUUUCGACCGCAUAGAAUCAGCCACCGCUUCUCUGAAGACGAUCGUAUGUGGCAGCCUCAUCAGCUGCAUCAGCAGCAACAGCAGCAGCAGCAGCUGUUGCGCUGGUUGCCACACGCUCCACAAAACCGCCACCUCCAACUCAUAGUCGAGUUCGUGUGUGUGCAUCCUAGACUUUCAGUUUUUCGGUUUUGCCUCAUAUAAAUACGCCAUGUGGCAGCUACCACAGAUCAGUCAGAAUUCGGCGCUGCUUCCAAGCGCUAGUCUCAUCCCAAAGAUUUCGAUCAGUCCGUAGACCGAGCUUCAGUUCCAGCUUCAGCUUUAGAUACAAGUGGAAUAUGUUCAAGUUACUCGGCUUGACGCUGCUCAUGGCAAUGGUGGUCCUUGGGCGACCGGAGCCACCAGUUAACUCGUAUCUACCUCCGUCCGAUAGCUAUGGAGCACCGGGUCAGAGUGGUCCCGGCGGCAGGCCGUCGGAUUCCUAUGGAGCUCCUGGUGGUGGAAACGGUGGACGGCCCUCAGACAGCUAUGGCGCUCCAGGCCAGGGUCAAGGACAGGGACAAGGACAAGGUGGAUAUGCAGGCAAGCCCUCAGAUACCUAUGGAGCUCCUGGUGGUGGAAAUGGCAACGGAGGUCGUCCAUCGAGCAGCUAUGGCGCUCCUGGCGGUGGAAACGGUGGUCGUCCUUCGGAUACCUACGGUGCUCCUGGUGGCGGAAAUGGUGGACGCCCAUCGGACACUUAUGGUGCUCCUGGUGGUGGUGGAAAUGGCAACGGCGGACGACCUUCAAGCAGCUAUGGAGCUCCUGGUCAAGGACAAGGCAACGGAAAUGGCGGUCGCUCAUCGAGCAGCUAUGGUGCUCCUGGCGGUGGAAACGGCGGUCGUCCUUCGGAUACCUACGGUGCUCCCGGUGGUGGAAACGGUGGUCGUCCUUCGGAUACUUACGGCGCUCCUGGUGGCGGCAAUAAUGGCGGUCGUCCCUCAAGCAGCUACGGCGCUCCUGGUGGUGGAAACGGUGGUCGUCCAUCUGACACCUAUGGCGCUCCUGGUGGCGGUAACGGAAACGGCAGCGGUGGUCGUCCUUCAAGCAGCUAUGGAGCUCCUGGUCAGGGCCAAGGUGGAUUUGGUGGUCGUCCAUCGGACUCCUAUGGUGCUCCUGGUCAGAACCAAAAACCAUCAGAUUCAUAUGGCGCCCCUGGUAGCGGCAAUGGCAACGGCGGACGUCCUUCGAGCAGCUAUGGAGCUCCAGGCUCAGGACCUGGUGGCCGACCCUCCGACUCCUACGGACCCCCAGCUUCUGGAUCGGGAGCAGGUGGCGCUGGAGGCAGUGGACCCGGCGGCGCUGACUACGAUAACGAUAUUGUGGAGUAUGAAGCCGACCAGCAGGGCUACCGGCCACAGAUCCGCUACGAAGGCGAUGCCAACGAUGGCAGUGGUCCCAGCGGUCCUGGAGGUCCUGGCGGUCAGAAUCUUGGUGCCGAUGGCUACUCCAGUGGACGUCCCGGCAAUGGAAAUGGCAACGGAAAUGGCGGUUACUCCGGUGGACGUCCAGGAGGCCAGGAUUUGGGACCUAGUGGAUAUUCCGGUGGUCGUCCAGGAGGUCAGGAUCUAGGCGCCGGUGGCUACUCCAAUGGCAAGCCGGGCGGCCAAGACUUGGGACCAGGCGGUUACUCCGGUGGUCGCCCUGGAGGUCAGGACUUGGGUCGAGACGGCUACUCCGGUGGACGUCCAGGUGGACAGGACCUCGGUGCCAGCGGCUACUCCAAUGGUAGGCCAGGCGGCAAUGGCAACGGUGGAUCCGAUGGCGGUCGUGUGAUCAUCGGUGGACGUGUGAUAGGCGGCCAGGAUGGCGGUGAUCAGGGCUACUCCGGCGGACGUCCCGGUGGUCAGGAUCUUGGACGUGAUGGCUACUCCAGCGGUCGUCCUGGUGGUCGGCCAGGCGGCAACGGCCAGGAUAGUCAGGAUGGCCAAGGAUACUCGAGCGGCAGGCCGGGUCAGGGUGGCCGGAAUGGAUUCGGACCCGGUGGUCAGAACGGUGACAACGAUGGCAGCGGUUAUCGGUACUAGGAACGACUCACAGACACAUUUAGCUAGAUUCCCCGAACAUAUAGCAAUACCUAGUGUUAAGUCCUUCUAGAACUAUGUCCCCUACCUAUGCCCCUCAUCCUUCCGCAUCUAUUCGUGCCCAUUCUAUCCCACUUCUUGCUGUCUUUCGCCCAUCCAUUCAGCCUGCUCAAUUCCUCGUAGUCGUAAGUCCCUGUUGAUCUAAAUGCAAGUGCGAAAAAUAACCCAAAAAAAGGAAUGAAAUGAUAAAGCUACUUCCGAUGUAAGUAAAGAAAUUAAAUACAUAUAUAUUUUUUAU